UUACGUGCAUCUGCACUUGCAUUCUUAUUUGUGUGAGUCAUUAUUUGCAUAGUUCUCAAUCAAAUAUAAACAUUUUACAUUCUAUUAAAUAUUUUUAAAAUAUUAUUUUCUAUUUCACACAUUGUACAUAUGAUACAACCUUUAGUAUGUUGAUAGAUAAUUAUAAUAAUUUAAGUAUGUAUAUAUUUAUAUACAUAGAUACAUAUCUACAUUCUUCAAAAUGGAAACUAAAUUACAUCUGUUGAUUAUUUGUUAAAUUUAUGAAUGAAAAUACUUGUACUUUAUAUGUACAUACAUAUUUCUUUUCUAUUAACAUAUAAAAUAUUCCAACAACUUGCAGAGUUGCCUACAUACUCUAUAUCAGACUAGAAAUGGAUGAUCAAGAAUUAAUUGCAUUACAAAAUUUAAAAGCAAAAUUACUUAAAGAAGCAAAUGAUUUAACAGAAGAAUUAAGAAAGCAAGAGACAGAUGAUGAGCAAUUUGUUGCUUUGAAGAUAAGACCAAGUUCUAAAAAAAGUACCUUGCAUGACUUGGGGACAAAUUUAUUAGAUCAGAAUAAACAACUAUUGUGUGAAAUUACCUCUAAGAUUAGUGGGAUAACGUUUGAAGAUAUAGAAAAAAAAUGGCUACGCAAAAACAUUUAUCAGUAUACAACUCAUUUAGUAACUACAACUGUUCAAUUUCUUCUCCAGUUGAUAGUAAAAUUAGAGAAAGAAAAAGAAUUUGAAAUUCAUGACAUUGUAUGUCAUCCUAUAAAUGUAAAUAAGUGUUAUAUGUUGGAGAUUCAGCCAUGGAUGGAAAACAUCAGUAGAAUGAACAAUUUUUCACUUCUUACAUCUGCAAUUUCACAAUAUAAUCAGGAAAUUAUAGUACGAAAAAAGAUACUAAGUGAUUUGCAAGUGAAGCGAUAUGUGAAUUGUAAAGAUUGUACGAAGAAAAAGGGUGGAAUUUCAGUCUCCAUACAUUCACCUAAGAAUGUGGAACAAAUUUAUUUGAACUUACAGUGGUCAUUGUUAUUUGUAGAACGUACUUUGCAAAUUCAACAUUUUUUUUUUAUAGUUCCUCUCGAAACAGGAGCCGCGUUUGCAAAGGAAAACAUGGAUUUAUUAAACAAUGUUCAUGAAGUAAGUCUUAAGAAAGAAGAUAUUACACGAUUUUGGAAAGAAUUGAUUGAUGCUAUCAAUGAGUAUGAAAAGAAAAGAAAGUAACUGAAGAUAUGAUGUUACUAUGAAGCGAUGAAUGGCAUAUGUUAUGUGAAUUAAAAAAAUGUAAAGUUGCCUCGAUGUUACCAGUAUUGUUAAAAUUCAAUUACGUAGAAAUGAUUCUCAAUAUGUAAUAACAUAGAUGGUACUCAUUGGGAUGUGAAAUAUUAAUAAAUUUUUACUUUUGUAUA